CCAACCCCUAACAGUUAAAAGACUCGGAAAGCCUAACAACGCCAUCACAGUUCUCUCCCCCAAAUCAACCAACACCAGGAGACUAGAAAAACCGCGCUCAAGACGGAAAAAGGAGCAGGGGGAGUUUCCUCCGUGCACAAACAAUGCGACCUCUGCAUCUAAGCAAGAAAACCAAGAUCAUUUUCUCUUUCUCUCGAGCUCUCUUUCUUCCCACUUCCACUUCCUGCGUCUCAUGCCGAACCCUUGCCACUCUCCCAUCGUCUCCGUUAUCGUCAACCUCCUGUCAAGCCGAUAACAAUCGCCGCACCUAUACGUGGCUGUCCUCCCCCACCGCCACUAAUAUCCUCCUUCGCACUCCUUGGUCGGUCAGUCAACACCGCGGGAUCAAAAUCUCCGGCUCCGAUGUCAAAGUUGGCAAUGUGAUAGAAAAAAAAAGGACGUAUGUACCAGCUUCCUAUGCGGUCAUAUAUCACUUGGUUCAGGUCCUUAAGACAGAUCAUUCCCAUGAAGGAAGAGGCAAAGCUACAAUAAAGGUGGAGCUCCGUGACAUUGAAAGUGGAAACAAAGUAUCCCAACGACUGGCUACUUAUGAGAGUGUUGAAAAGGUUUAUGUUCAACAGAAAACUUACAUGUAUAUGUGCACAGAUCGUAGUGGCGCUAUAGUGCUGAUGGAUGUUGAAACGUUUGAUCAGCUAGAGGUGUCCCAGGAGUUGUUUGGAAAAGAUGCCAAGUACUUAAAAGGUGAUAUGAGAGUUACAGUAAGGCUUUAUGAUGGUAUACCUUUUUCUGCAUCGGUUCCAAAACAUGUGACAUGUAUUGUAAAGGAAGCACAACCUCCUAUGAUGGGCAUUACAGCCACACCUAGGGGUAAAAAAGUUGUAUUGGACAAUGGGCUGAUUGUUGAGGUACCAGUAUUCGUCGUUGCCGGUGAUGCUGUAGUUAUUGAUACUGAGACUGACUCUUAUCUUGAAAGGGCAAAGGCAUAAUAAUAUGGAGGCAGGGAGAUGGAGUGGCAUUGAUGCAAUAAUGUGUACCUCUGUUUCCUAUCGUGUGUACCUCAUUUUUUUUUUUUUUUUCCUUUCUCUUCUUCGUUGGAUAAAAUUCUCUUUUCGAGUACGUACAUAGUACUUUGAUAAAGAUGUUGUUUUCAUGUCACCUAAGAUAGAUUCAAACAAGUUCGUACCCAUGCAUUCGAUCGAAAAGCUAGGCUAUUAAUUAAUUAUUAUAUCAUGUAGUACUUAUUGAGAAA